AUGGACGGCGCGGAACCGUUAUCGUGUCCAUUCUGUGAUUUCACUGACACUGAUGCGGACUUCUUGACUCAACACGUAGAAUUCUGUCACCCCGAAAAUAGUGCUUCGCCUGCCCUAGAAACAGAGGAAGACACAAAUAUUGGAUCUUCCAGAAAACCAGAGUGGUGGUGUGGUGACACGCCACUUUACACUGAUGAAGAUGCGGGGACAGAUAUCAAAUAUAUUGACUGCCCAACUGGCUGCGGCGAAGCAGUGACUGAAGAUCAGCUUAUGAGCCACCUAGACCUACACCUCGCAGAGGGUCUAGCUCUGGAAGAAAUCAUAGGCUCUGAUACCAAGGGCACAGAUAUGAAAUUAUCCGGGGAUAUCGAAGAAGACGAAAUACUAUCUCCCACACUGAGCAAGGUGCUGGGGAAACAAGAUGGGAAACGGCAGAGAGAUGCACCAGUCAACGCAAAAGCUACAAAGCAAAAGAAGAAAACAAGGAGAGCGGGCCAACUCGGGAUUACGGAGCUAGGGCCCUAUGCUCGAGAACCAAAAAUGCCUUCGUGGUUGCGCAAGGUGCUUGAAGAUGGACCUGCUAUUACUCGGGAGAACAAGAUUUUCCCGGACGGCACAAUACACAAAGUUGAGACCGUCUCGAAUGAAACAUCUAAUCUUAUCCCGUUUAUUGCUCGGCUCUGCCAACAAGAUUCCUCGGUAGAGCAAGCUUAUCUCUGCAGUGCCAAUGUUCGGCAUAUCUUUAAAAUGCCAAAAGAAGGAGGAUUCUGUGGAUAUCGUAAUAUUCAGAUGCUCGUGUCUUAUAUCCAGGACAGUAAUUCAACAGGCUGUGAACACUUUCCUGGUAGGACCCCAUCGAUAUUAAGACUACAGGAUAUGAUUGAACAAGCGUGGGAUAAUGGUUUCAAUACCCAUGGGCGGACGGAGACUGGGGGGAUAAAGGGCACGCGAAAAUAUAUAGGAACGUCUGAGGUAAAGUAUAUAUCCUACAAAUUAUGGAGGCAUAGGCCAUACUAA